UCCACGCGCGUAAAACUGAAUAUUUAAUGAGACACGUGACAUUUAUUGUCCUAUAAACCUCUUUUCACUUGGACAACGUUUUUGGGAUCGACUGUAUAACGCACUUAACGCACAGACUACGUACAAGUUCGUUGUUCGGAUGGUGUUCGGCUGCAGUCGAUAAUAGAUCGAAUAUUUCCAAAAGCGUCCCAUUACGUCACUGUGUAUGUAAUGGCGGAUGACCUGUUUCAGUAGCCAUGGGGUUUAACAAGCAAAAACUGAAGACAAACCUAAAGCUGGCGAUUAAUCGCCUUAAGCUUUUGGAGAAGAAAAAGACCGAACUCGCUCAAAAAGCCAGAAAAGAAAUAGCUGAAUACAUAGCAAACGGGAAAGAAGAGAGAGCGAGGAUAAGAGUAGAACACAUCAUAAGAGAAGAUUACUUGGUUGAAGCUCUAGAAGUAUUAGAACUGUACUGUGAUCUUCUUCUGGCCAGAUUUGGUUUGAUAGAGACAAUGUCGUAUUGCGAUGAAGGGAUGAUUGAAGCUGUUACAAGCUUGAUAUGGGUAGCACCAAGACUACAAACUGAUGUCCAAGAAUUCAGAACUGUAGCUGAGCAGCUUGGCUACAAAUAUGGUAAAAAAUUUGCUCAUGAAGCUAGUACCAAUUGUAAUGCCACAGUCAAUGAGCGUCUGAUACAAAAGUUAAGCCCAAAGCCCCCACCAAAGAUUCUAGUGGAGAGGUACUUGAUAGAGAUAGCAAGGAGUCAUUCAGUUCCCUUUGAACCAGAUCUUUCUGUUAUGGCCAGUGAAGAAAUGCUGGAUUUAGAUGAUCUAAAAGGAGGAAGGCCAGGAGGAAACAGUGGAGGAGGUGGAGAUGGUGGCCAUGGUAUUGGGUUUGAAAAUUUUAAUCCAGGCCCUCCUCCUGGGAAUCCUUUAGAUAAUCUACCAAAUAUCCCAGCUAUGGCUGGUGGGAAUCCUGGUUAUGCUUAUCCACCACCACAAUCUGGUACUGGUAUUACUCCAUAUCCUCCACCAGAUAAAGGACCAUCACCAGGCGGCAAUUACCCAAUGGACAAAAAGUUUUCUCCUUAUCCACCGGAUCCAGGAUUCCCCAGCGACCCAAGAAAAUCAAUUGGUCCUUCCAACCCAGCCCCAUCUGCGCCCCCUGCAGCUCCAUCGUUCCCUGACCUACCUUCAGUACCCACCAACAGCCUGCCAACCAACAGCGUACCUGGUGAAAACAGUGCUGGUGGAGAAGACGUUGACUUUGAUGACCUCAACCGUCGAUUUGAAGAGCUAAAAAAGAGAAAAUAAUUUUGUGCUUUUGAAUAUUAUUGUCUUCGAUGAAGAAAUUUCUGAAACGUAAACCGCUGUAAUUAGUCGACACCCGAAUGAAUCGACAAUAAUCGUAUGUCAGUUGUAUAAACAACUUUGUUCAUCCAAUCACGAGUAGAAUGUCGGCUUUUUUUCUAUCGCUAGGAACAACGACAUAUUUUACAACUUAUUGGAAAGUCCGUACUGAUAGAGAAUUAGCGAUCUUAAAGUAUGACGACGGAACAAUCUAGGACGCCUUUUUUAUAAUCAGCUCGCACAGGUACUGGAGUUUUGCAACCCACUCCCCUGGUGAAAACGGGGGUCUCUACCCGGUCUUCUUGCCCUGAUGCUGUAGUCGUACCGGACCCCCGUCGUUGUACCUUAAGAUCGCUAUUUAUCCCCGGCUGAACCUGUAGCAGGGUAGGAUGUCUACGGUACCUUGCAAUAGUCUAUUGAGCUUCGUGGCCACAUGGCGUGUGACCAAGCCAUAUAGCACCGCACGGUUCAAUUACCACCCUGUUUACGCGAUGAAAAGGUGACCCUAUUAAUAGGAUUCGAAAUAAACUCUUUCAGUCUCUUUUGAAUUUUAUCGACACCCUGAAACAACCUCUGGGCUGAUCAAAGUAAGGACACCCUACCUUCAUUUAUUAACGGCCGCUACGACAACAAUAAUAAUCUAAUGUAACCACAUUAAUUUUUAAGGCUAUUGAUGGUUUUCACGGUGGCCAUGUUGGAGGAACUUAACAAAAGAAUUGUCAAUGAAUUCUUUUGUUAUAUCCUCCAACAUGGCCGCCGUGUCUUUUGUUAUUUUAAUUCUCUUGGGAAUGGUUGAAAACCAUCAAUUGAACUGUUUAACACUUGGCCCUGUGACUCUAACAUCUACUGAUUAGAACUUUAAGUGCCAAUAUAUAUUCGCAGGACUAGAGCCAGGAGAAUUAGGUAAAAACAAUACAACAAGAUCCUUUUGACGGAGAAGGGAGAGAAAGUACCCAAAGAAGCAAACAUGCACUGGUUUUCAGCCUGCAUAUACCUAGAUGGUGCAACAGUCCAGUGGGCAUGUAUUUUAGCUUUGCAUUUUGAUAUUUUAUUUGUAGAUUCGCUUAAUCUAUUUUUUAUUAAAGGUGAACUAAGACAAUG